AUGGAACCUUUAGCUACUUACUUUCAUUGUCCACUGACAGAUAAGACUGGUACACCACUGGUCCAGUGGAUUGCACGAUAUACUGGGUCUUGUGUUUACGGAACAGAAUCUACAUUAUCUUGGGUCUUUGGAUAUAUCUCUCUCAUCUGCUGGCUGGGUGCUCAGCUCCCUCAGAUUGUGACAAACUAUCGCAACGGCUCUGUCGAGGGGUUAUCGCUAGGACUUGUUUUCAACUGGUUCCUGGGUGACUUUACAAACUUUGUGGGUUGUGUACUGACCCACCAGCUUCCCUUUCAAACCCUCUUGGCCCUUUAUUACAUUUGCGUGGAUCUGGUCCUUGGUGGCCAGUUUUACUACUACACUCGUCCUAAGAAGCAACGAUUUCAUCUUCACAAUCAUUCGCAUGUCCAACGUCAUAAAAAACACAAGAAACAUGCUCAUGUUGCGGCCGAGGAUGAAAUGGAAGCCCUUCUGAGUCCCGAAACAUCUUUGUCAACAGAAACAGCUACUACAACUCAAUCAAUGAACAUUCCUAGUAACCAAGCAGUUAAUGUACCUCCACAUGAACCACCAUCAGUUACCUAUGAUUGUCCUAUUUCCAACUCAGGCUCGUAUCCAUUUAAGAACUCUUCAACCGUCAGCCUCAAAGCUCUUUUAACCUCAUCUUUUGUUUCGUCUUUCUCCAAAGUGCGGGGAGCCCCCCUGUAUGCUCCUUCACAGGAAGAUGCGUUUGAUAACACAACAAUAACACAAGUUUCAUCCAACAAUAAUAAUAUUAUCAAGACUCUUUCUACCGGUUUUUUUUCGAUUCUUGCUAUUAAAUCAGAAACUAUUGGUUUUAUUUUUGCAUGGACAUGUACAUGUUGCUAUUUGAUGUCACGAAUUCCUCAGAUUUACACAAAUUAUCGCCGCAAGUCUACGUCCGGCACGUCGAUUUUGCUUUUUCUCGCUGCCUUAACCGGAAACACUACUUAUACUCUUUCGAUUCUAUUGUCUCCAGCAGCCCGUGGACCUGGCUGCUGGGAUUUUUUAAAGAAUGAGCUUCCAUUUUUGUUGGGUUCUGCUGGCACUAUUAUGUUUGAUGUGACGAUUUUCCUCCAGUGGAUUCUUUACAUGGACAAUAAGACAGCAGUUGAGCUUGACGAGGAGAAGAAGUGCAGCAGCGUGAUUGAUGCUGCUGGCGAUGUGUCACCAUCAAUGAUGAUUUCGCGGGAACACCAUGCCGAGACCCAAUCGGCCGGGUCUACUAAAAAGAUUACUGCUGGGUCCACUAGUCCAGCUCUUUACUCAGAAUCGCCCAUGACUCAGGAGGCUUUACGGAUUGUCGCGCAAAGAGACUUGAAUGUUGCCUCCGAAUCGACACCGCUUUCUGGUUCACCUCCACAUGGAUCCUACAACUCUUUGUAA